AUGCGCGACAGGACCGUGUUCGUCGAUGGCCUGCCCUACGUGUGGACGGUCGAGAAGGUCCAGGAACACUUCCGGGAGUGCGGCACCAUCGAGGAGGUGCGCGCGCCCACCUGGCAGGACAGCGGCCGCCUCCGGGGCUUCGCGCACGUGACGUUCUCGGACGUCAGGGGCCAGGCCAAGGCGUUGAAGAUGGACGGCACGCAGGUCGGAGGCACGUUGGCAUCGGGGUGGGAUGGGGAUGCACGGGCGUCGGAGAAGCCGUCGCUGACCCCAAACCAGCCGGAAAUCGUGGACCUACGAGUUACCAGUAACGGGCCGCGCUGCCGGGAGACCUACGAGUUCCCAGCAACGGGCUGCGCUGUCCGGAGACCGACUUGCCAGGAACGGUUCCCGGGGCACCGGGACUGGUAUGGCUUCCACAGUCAGGGUCCCGCCAACUUCCGGCCUAUUCCGCGGCACGUGGUCAAGGGGCGCCGCGGGCCGCGCCCGCGGCGCCGGCCGCGCAUGGCGGCCUCGGCGCUGAGGCUCGCCGGCGCGGGCGGUGUUAGGAUGGCGAGCUCGGUGCCGCUGCUCUCCGGCGGUGGCGACGGCGGCCCGCCGGAGCAGUCGCACUCCGCCCCGCUGCUGCGGCGGUUCCGCGGCGCGCCCGAGGCCUCGUCCCUGAGGAGCUUCGGGGCUCGCCUGUCGCUGCCCGGGGCCACCCGGGUGGGCCGCGGCCCGCUGGUGGGCAGCGAGGACGAGUUCGAGGACGAGGACGCGGAGCAGCCGUCGCUCCAUCGGCGCGAGAAGAUCUCGCGGGACACCUUCCACGCCGCCCGGCAGCGCGUGCUCGAGAGCCCCCUGCGCGCACUGGAGACGCUGUCGCCCUGGGCCCGGCUGCGGCUGCGGGUCUUCUCCGCCAAGGUGCAGGGCAAGAGCAAGUACAUGAGCUACAAUCUGAAUCCCGUGUGGAAUCCACCCUGGGAGGUCACUUGCGCCAUUUACUCGCCCCUCUCCAUCGUGCAAGUGCUGGUGAAGGACCACAACAACUUGAGAGAGUUCACCCUCAUGGGAUUCGUGGAGUUUCGCGUGGCCGAUCUCACCCCAGGCCAGUUAGUGACGGGCUCCUUCGAGCUCCGCGAGGCCAAGAAGCUGAAGGUGGCCCCGGGCUCCUCUCGGCUGCUCGAGCACGAGGAGUGCCGCGACGAGGUGCGCGGCUUGGACGAGCCCCGCGGCUCGGACGAGCUGGAGGACGACGACGAGGACGACGACGAGACCGUGAGCAAGGACGACAGCGCGGUCGGCGAGAGGGGGGGAGCCCUGACCAGGCACGCCUCGCGCCUGCGCGGCCUGCUGCACGACGUGCCAGGCGUGGUCGCGAGCCCGACGCUGCAGCUGCCGGGGGCCUUUCGCUUCAGCUUCGCCUCGGGCUCUCUGCGCUCGGGCGAGGGCGAAGUGAGGCGGGCGAACGCGGGGACGCUCAACAUGCAGUUGCAGCUGAUGCCGUGCAACUCCAGGAGCGAGCAGUGGGACGAGGACGAGCUCUUCGCGUUCUGCUUCCCGGGGCCGCAGGCAGACAAGCUCGGGGCGGAGGAGGCAAAAAUUCGUGAGGUCUACGAAACCAUUAUGUCCAUAAAACGGAUGCUUUGGGAUCGUGUCGUCCGGAGGACGCUCUGCUUCUUGGUUUAUGUGAUGGAAUGGCGAUGCAAACGCCUCACUACUGGAAUAUUGGUUGGUUGGUGGGUUGUUGCGAUAUGGCCAGAGUUUUUGUUGCCAGCAGUUUUAUUGUGGAUCGUCUUGCUGAUCCACCUGCUACGGAAAAAGAGCUGGCAACGCGAGAUGCUGGAUGAGUCGACGGCACCUCUUACCCACGAGGGAUUUAAGGUCGUCGCAGAGUUCGGAAACACCAGGAAGAUGGCAUGGUGGCUACGGCGGGUAGCGUUCAGCCUCCACGGGAAAGUCGUGCCGUGGGAUGGCGUCGACAUCCCUCCCGACCUCUACAGGUUCGCCUCCGUCAUCUUCCGCGACAAGAAGCCUUCCAUACAGUUCGACCGGGUGUGCGAGCUGCUGAAGCAGCAGAAGUUCUUCAAGAAGAACACCAAGAACAUCACGUGCCCGCAGGGGCACGUGCUGGAGUACGACGCGGACAUGACGGAGGGCACCCCGUGGCGAUGCCGCUGGAAGAAGUGCGUGCACGCCUUCGCGGAGUGGCCGUGCAGCUACGGCUCGGUGCACCGGUACCAGUGUCUCCAGUGCUCUGGCGCCACGCGGGGGAGCUUCGCGGAGCAGGCGUUGCCCGGGUUCCUGCGGGCCCGGGGGAGCAACCUGAACCGAUUGACGGGUGGAGUCAGUGCGUGGGACCUGCCAGCUCUCGGGCCAGCUCCAGCAGCGGGCCACGGCCUCCGGGAAGCUCUGAUGAGCAAGCUCCCCAGCCUCGCGCGCCGCCGCGGGGUGCGGGCUCCGCCGGCACUGGUCUCCGCGGAGUGUGGGCCGGCCGAUUUCUUCAUAUGCGAGGACUGCGUUCUCGGCACGACUACCUCCACGAAGAUGUGGAUGAGGGUGCUGGAAGGCAUGCCCAGGCGGAACCAGCCGGCAAGAGUGAGGUGGUUUGCUCUCAAGUCGGGAUGGUAUCUGACCAAAGGGCGUAAUUGCCUGGCAAUGUUUCUGGAGUGGACUCUGAGGCUCUUCUAUCAAGAGGGGGCCGGGUUGGCGCGGAAAUUUCAGCUCGUUUGCGUUGGUGCAGCCUCGCUUCUGCUGAUCGGGCCUGACAUUCCUUAUGUGAAGGACGUCCUCUACACCAUCGUCAGUUGGGGUAUGGCGGUCACCUGGUGUGUGCUAGGCUCUGCGGUGCUCGCCUGGAAGUGGAAGGUCUUCGUGAGAUGGCGCACUGGGCGGAAGGCCAAAGUGCUAGUGAAGAGGUACAGGAAGCGGCGCGGGCAAUCGCUGGAAGACCGCUGGGCGUUCUUCACGGAGGACCCCAGCGUCGCAGACGAGCGCGAGCCGGACACCAGGGGGGGCUACCUGGGCUGCCUCGCCCGUCCGCAUGCCUCCGCGCCAGAAAAGCAGGCCUGCCUCGCGCGGCCCCACGCGCCAGCGUGGGCUCCCCACCCUGCCGUCGCGGCGGCUGGGCGGGUCGAGCCCCGCAGAGCCGAGGGGGCGGCCCGGCCGGCCCGCGAGGACCUCCGACUGGUUCUGCCGCCCUACCGCGCCACGAAGUACCUCGGACGACAGCUGCAGCGAACACCCUGGGCGGUGCCCAUUCGCGGGGCGUUUCCCCUCGAGCUCCUCAAGGCACGUCGCACCUCCUGCACGGUGGGCAACAAGGGCCGCUACCUCAAGAUAGAGGCGGCCAAGCAGCCUGGCGCCGCCGCGGCGGCGGCCGCUGCGGAUCCGAAGCAGUUCGAGGGCAAGCGCCGCCUGUUCGUCAAGAACCUGCCGUACGACGCCGCGGAGUCGGAGGUGUUGGCGCUCUUCCAGAAGUGCGGGAAGGUCGCGGAUGUUCGCAUCCCCACGAGCUUCGGCCGCUGCAAGGAGAGCUCGCAGUCCAGGACGAAAGACUCGCUGCCAGACGCGUUCCCGGCGGAGGAGUUCCAGGACACGCCAGACCCAUACGGGGACAGCCAAGCGAGUCUUAUCCAGACGACGGCACAGCUGGGUCUUGCCACAGAGCCUGCUGUUGCGGACAACCAGCACCAGGCGCACACGACUGCCCAACAGCAGGUCCUCGGCACGGGCGCCUGGCAGACGCAGGUGCUUUGCUUCCUGCAGCUGCAGCAGCCGCAGCAGCCGCAGCAGCAGGCGUGGCAGCCUUCCUGUGGCAGUGACAUUGGCGGACACGUGGCUUCUGGCGCAGGAGACGUGACAGCCGCUGCUGGGGCGUGCGCCGACGCGUGGCGGAGCCAGCCCCGGCAGAUACAGAGCGCCGCGAGGCAGCCGCCGCAGCAGGCGCCGCAGCAGGCGUGGCAGCCUCCCUGCAGCAGUGGCGGUGGCGGACACGCGGCAGCCGGCGCCGCAGGCGCGGCAGCCGCUGCUGGGGCCCGGCAGCAGGUCCCCAGCACGGGCGCUUGGCAGACGCAGGUGCCUUGCUUCCUGCAGCUGCAGCAGUCGCAGCAGCAGGCGUGGCAGUCUUCCUGCGACAGUGGCAUUGGCGGACACGUGGCAGCUGGCGCAGGAGACGUGUUAGCCGCUGCUGGGGCGUGCGCCGACGCGUGGCAGAGUCAGCCCUGGCAGUCGCAGAGCGCCGCGAGGCAGCCGCCGCGGGAGGCGCCGUGUCCCAGCGGCGGCCAGGCCGCCGCGCGCGCGCAGGCGCAGCCCGCCGCGAGCCUGCAGGCGGCCGCCGCUGGCGGGCGCGGGCGGCCCCGGCCAGCGCGGGCGCGGGAUGAGGACCUGCAGGCCGCCGGCGACCGCAUCGCGAGCGCGUUCGCCGCACCGCCGGCGGCGGCCGCGGCGGCCGCCGCUCGCGGGCGGAGCCCGCGCGGCCUCGGCGGGGUGCGCCGGGUGCCGCAGGGCGUGGCCACGCCGCAGAAGCCGGGGCAGCGCUGGGGGCGCUGCCCCUCACGGAAGCGCCGCGGGGGCGGGCCGCUGGACGACCCCGGCGCCGCCAAGCUGCCCCGCGGCGGCGCCGCGGGCGGCCCCGCCGCGGCGGCCUCGUGCGCGGCCUCGUGCGCGGCCGCGGCCGCUCGGGAGAGCGCGGGGCUCGAAGACGCGGAGUCGGAGAACACGAUCGACCAGAAGCGGGCGCACAGGCAUAAUGGCCUGCACGCCAUUAUGCACGGCGAGGGGAGGGCGGACUACCAGGAGGCAAUGAGGCUGGUCGAGGAGUUUCUCGCGCCCGCGGACGAAUUCCCGGCGCACCCGUACGCCGUAGGGCUGGGCCUCGACGACCCGGGCAACUUAUGCAGCAAACGGGAGUGGGAGAGGUCCACCCAGAAGUGGAGGAAGAGCCUCAAGGCCUUCGUGGAGAAGUACCGUCCGUGA